CAGAGGCGCCCGCCUGUCCCCCGCCACACCUGAGCCACCGCGAUGCUGUAGGACCGCCGCCUGGACCGUUAUCCGCCCGCGCCCGCUCGCCGCCACCAUGCCACGCUCCUUCCUGGUCAAGAAACAUUUCAAUGCCUCCAAGAAGCCGAACUACAGCGAACUGGACACACACACAGUAAUCAUUUCCCCAUAUUUGUAUGAGAGCUACCCCAUGCCUGUCAUACCAAAACCAGAGAUCCUCAGCUCAGGAGCAUACAGCCCUAUUACUGUAUGGACAUCAGCAGCUCCAUUUCACUCCCCUCUGCAGAGCGGCCUUUCUUCUCUUGCUGGAUACUCCUCAUCCUUGGGGCGAGUAAGCCCCCCGCCUCCAUCUGACACUUCAUCCAAGGACCACAGUGGUUCAGAAAGUCCCAUUAGUGAUGAAGAGGAACGACUGCAGUCUAAGCUUUCAGACCCCCAUGCCAUUGAAGCUGAAAAGUUUCAGUGCAAUUUAUGCAAUAAGACCUAUUCUACUUUCUCUGGGCUGGCCAAACAUAAGCAGCUGCAUUGUGAUGCCCAGUCUAGGAAAUCAUUCAGCUGCAAAUACUGUGACAAGGAGUAUGUAAGCCUGGGUGCUCUGAAGAUGCAUAUUCGGACCCACACGUUGCCUUGUGUCUGCAAGAUCUGUGGCAAGGCUUUCUCCAGACCCUGGCUGCUUCAAGGACACAUUAGAACACACACUGGGGAAAAGCCUUUCUCUUGCCCUCAUUGCAACAGAGCUUUUGCAGACAGGUCAAACCUGAGGGCACAUCUGCAGACCCACUCUGAUGUAAAGAAGUACCAGUGCAAAAACUGCUCCAAAACCUUCUCCAGAAUGUCACUUCUGCACAAACAUGAGGAGUCUGGCUGCUGUGUGGCACACUGAGUGGCGCAACCAAUGUUUACUCAAAGAGAAUGCAUUUCUUCACUCCAAUGCCAAAUGCCAAACGAAAGUCCAAAGCCAUUUUCUUUUGUGCUUACCAACCAAAUAUUAUGUGUAGAAACACAAAAGGGUCUCUCUCUCACACACACACACACUCACACACACCAAAGUACAGAACAGGAUCUAUAUGCUUAGACCUAAUCCAUUCUAUGUGAAGUUUAAAUUUAUAUUUACUGACAGCUAUAUUGAAAUGAUAAAAGACAAGAACUUUUCUCUUUACAAAUGAAGUGAAAAGCACAUUGCAUCUUUCAUACUAAGAAAGAAUGCAGAGAUUUACGUUGCUGCCAAACCAUUUCAACCAAAAGGAACAGUAUUGCUUCAUAAUAGAGUUGUAAUAGUGUUUCUAAGAGGGAGGAUCUGUCAGACUAUCUCAGGUGCCUUACAAAGUACUCCAAGUUUACUUUCUUACAUGCCUGAUGCCUGCCUGUCAUCGGUGAAUGAAAGCCUUUUCUGGAUUACCUACAAUGCUUUCAAAUGUAUUGUUUAAAAAUGAGAAAAAGAACAGAACACAAGAGAAUGUAUUUAAAUAUUCUUGUUUCAUUUUUGCCAUGUGUGCCUUGGAAGAGGAGGGAAGGACAAGCUUCAAACAUUCCUGGUGCGUGUCUCUUGUCUUUCUUUUAAAAAAGAAUCCUAAUGAUUUAUAAGACAAAGUAAUGAAAAUGUUCAAGAGAGCUUCUUAGACAUUCAGUAAUGUACUUAAACUUUUGAAAAUUCAUGUGGUGGAUGCAAUAAUACAGUGUCCCUCCAAGUGCCUAUUUUAAUGAAUUGUGUAGCUGAUGAAUUUAUAUACAUUUGUGUUUAUUUUUAUAUGACUGAACUCUGUAUGGAAGUGAGGUAUGGCUUAGAGCUAUGCCUAUAUGCAACCAGAAUACUUGUGAAAUCAAUGUCCUUUUUUUAAAGUAACUUUCAAGGUCUCUUUUUUACAAUAAACGUUUUUGAUUUAAAAUUGA